AUGGCGACUGCCGAUGAAGAUGAAUUUGGAGAUGAAGAACAAUUUUCAGAAUUGUUAUCAUUUUCACCCGAGGUUCAAGAUGCCAUCGAUCAGGUCUUACCAACCAGUGAUCCAUUAGAUAGAUCAGAUUUCAAUCCAGUUGAUUAUAUUAAUACAUUAUUUCCUACUGAACAAUCAUUGGCUAAUAUUGACGAUGUGGUUGGGAAAAUAAGACAUAAAAUCAGGCGUUUAGAUGAUGAAGUACGGCAUGUUGUUAGAGGUCAGACUAAUGUGGGAGAAGAAGGAAGACAAGCCCUAGAAGAGGCUCAGAAAGCUAUUCAAGAUUUAUUCUCUAAAAUUAAAGAUAUAAAAGACAAAGCUGAGAAAUCAGAGGCUAUGGUCAAAGAAAUAACAAGAGAUAUCAAACAAUUAGAUCAUGCUAAAAGACAUCUCACAUCCUCUAUUACAACCUUGAAUCAUCUACAUAUGUUAGUAGGCGGGGUAGACUCACUGUCUAAUCUAACUAGGCGUAGACAGUAUGGGGAAGUAGCUAAUUUAUUACAAGGUGUAUUAAAUGUGUUGGAUCAUUUUGAGAAAUAUAUGUCUAUACCACAGAUCAAACAAUUGGCUGACAGGGUAAAAGAAAUCCAAGGAGAAUUAGGAAAUCAAAUUAUCGCUGAUUUUGAGGAAGCUUUUCAAGGUGCUGGUGCUAAAUAUGGACCUGGAAAUCAACAACAGUUACGUGAAGCAUGUUAUGUGGUAGAUGUUUUAGAUCCUAAAGUUAAACGUGAUUUAUUAUCAUGGUUUGUUAAACUCCAGCUAUCAGAAUAUCUUGUCUUAUUCUCAGAAGAUCAGGAAGUAGCUUGGUUAGAUAAGAUAGAUAGACGAUAUGCUUGGAUUAAAAGAACACUGGUAGAUUUUGAAGAGAAGUUUGGUCAUCUGUUCCCAGCAGAGUGGGAAGUCAGUGAGAGAAUCUGUAUAGAGUUCUGUCAGAUUACUAGGAAAGCUUUACCACAGAUAAUGUCUAAACGAGCAGCUGAAAUAGAUGUUAAAUUAUUACUGUUUGCUAUACAAAGAACCACUAAUUUUGAAACAUUAAUUGCUAAACGGUUCACUGGGGUCACAAUGCAGGAUACUCAGUUAAAACCUGCUCAUACCCCAGCUACUGUCCCUACCCCACCUGUUUCAACUAAUCCAUUUGAAGAAAAUGAAGCUAGAGAAGUAAAUACUAAUCCUUUUGAACAAGAUACACCAGCUAGUGAACAUAAACCAAAAGAAGGUGCUACACCAUUCAGUGGAAUAAUUUCUUCUUGUUUUGAAGCCUAUUUGAAUAUUUAUAUAGAGUCUCAAGAUAGGAAUUUAGCAGAAUUAAUCAACCGAUUCCUAGAAGAUUUACGCCAACAUGGAACACCUAGAAUGGAGACAGAGGAAGGGAGUAAUGUUCUACCUAGUUGUGCCGACCUGUUUGUAUUCUAUAAGAAAUGUAUGGUACAAUGUUCACAGUUGAGCACUGGACAGCCCAUGAUAGACCUUACUAGAACAUUCCAGAAAUAUCUUAAAGAAUAUGCUACAAGAGUUCUUUUGAAUAGUUUACCAAAUAAUCAAAACACAAAUAUCAGUUCUGCUACUGGUUUGAUACAGAGUAUACUGAAAGAAGGAGAGAUAACAAAACUAACAGAAGAAGAACAGUGUCGUAUCUGUAGUAUAUUGUGUACUGCUGAAUACUGUAUGGAAACUACUCAACAAUUAGAAGAAAAAUUAAAAGAGAAAGUUGAUGAAAGUUUAGUUAAGAAUAUUGAUUUAGGGAAUCAACUUGAUAUCUUUCAUAAUGUAAUAUCUAACUGUAUACAUCUAUUGGUACAAGAUCUAGAAACAGCAUGUGAACCAGCUCUCUCAGCUAUGACUAAAAUGCCAUGGUCUACUAUAGAAGCUGUUGGUGAUCAGAGUGGUUAUAUUACAGCUAUAACAUCACACCUAAAACAGAAUAUACCAAUAAUACGUGAUAACCUAGCAGCUUCACGCAAAUAUUUCACUCAAUUCUCUCUCAAAUUUGCCAAUUCCUUUAUACCGAAGUUUAUUAACACCCUAUAUAGAUGUAGAACUAAUAGUACUGUAGCAGCAGAACAGUUAUUAUUAGAUACCCAUAGUUUAAAAACAGUAUUACUAGAUUUACCAGCUCUAGGAUCUCAAGUCAGUCGUAAAGCUCCUGCAAGUUACACUAAAAUUGUAGUAAAAGGCAUGACAAAAGCUGAAAUGGUUUUGAAGGUUGUAAUGUCACCACAUGAACCACCACAAGGUUAUGUUGAUAAUUAUAUUAGACUGCUCAAUGAUUCUGAUGUUAAUGAAUUCCAGAAAGUUCUUGAAAUGAAGGGAUUACGUCGUAAUGAUCAGAGUAUAUUGAUGGAGAUGUAUAGAAAUAGAAUACCAAUGUCAGCUCUAACAGGGGAGACAACUAGUUCAUUAAAUAAUGUCAAUUCACCUGAACCAGAAUCUAGUCGUAUUAGAAAACUAGAAAAACUCAUUAAGAAAAGAUUAUAGAGGAUUUUAAUACAUGGCUAUUUAUAUAAAAAUAUAUUCGGGAAAACCUGUGACAGGGCAUAUCAAGGCAAAGUCAAUUUCUCCAUCAUUCCUUAUCUAUCAAUGAAUUUUUUAUUUUUCAAAAGGCCUAAUAGAAAAUAGUUGAUUAGAAUUUAGCUAGCUGAACAGUGUAAAUUCAUAUAGUUAAUGAAUAAUACAUGUAGUAGGAUAAUGUCUUUUAAAUUAACAUAAUUUUUAUUAUUUUUUUUAUGGAAAAUGCAGCCAACUAAAUUUCUUUUUGUGUUAUUUUCAAGUUUUCUAUGCAGAAGAAUCAGGUUGUUAAUAGUGUAGAUGUAAAUUGCAUUGGACUAUUUGAGGUGUGAAAUGAACUGUACUAUAUAUAUAUAUAUCAAUAUUUUACCAUGUGUAUAAAUUGUAUACCUAUCUGAUGUUAUUAAUGUAUAGUUUAUUAAAUGUUAUCUGUAUGUAAAUAUUGUAUUUUGGGCUAUAAUUUAUAUAUAAAUAAUAAAAUAAAUGAAAAGUGAUUUUAA